AUGUCUUCUCUGAUCCAAGUCGUCGCGGGCAUUGCUGCUGCAACCUAUGUGCUGCUGGUCGCUCUGCUCCGCUUCACGCAAGAUGGAAAGGAGCCCACUUCGAUCAGCGAUACCAUCCCAUUCAUUACGCCUAUCAUCAACAUGACAUUGAAAGGUGGCGAAUUUCACCGUCAGAUGAGGGACAAAUAUAAUCUGCCCAUCUAUACUCUGCGACUGCCUGGGUCGCGCAUGUAUAUCGUCAACUCGGCAUCUCUUAUCACGGCAAUCCAAGCUCAAUUCCGAGCCCUCUCCUUCACCGCCAUAGAAGCGAACAUAGCCGCCAAUCUCCUGGGUUGCAAAAAGGAGACCAUCGACAUCAUAGGUCGUGACGUGAAUAAGGAUCACGGAUAUCUGAUGAGCUUUCCCAAAGAGAACGGAUAUUCACACCCUGCCGGACCUGCACUGGAUGCCAUGAACAGGAGAGCGAUUCAAGUCAUUGCCGAGUCACUGGACGCAUGGGCCCAGAAGAAGACCACCGAAAUCCAACUGUGGCAGUGGGUUCGCCACGAGUUGCUCAUGGCGUCGACAGAGGGCGUUUACGGGCCCAAAAAUCCGUUUCGUGACCCUGAGAUGGAGAAGGCAUGGUACACCAUCAUGAUGCCGUCCAAAGUACAGCAUACCAACCGAGAGGUGUGGGGUGACACGGUCGACACAUUCAACCAUGAGAGGUUCGUCCCGGGGGGCAAACGCGUCAACCCGGUCGCAUUCCGUGGCUUUGGCGGUGGGACCACGCUGUGCCCCGGACGGCAUUUUGCGUCCACCGAGAUCCUCAUGUUCUCGGCCCUGCUGGUCCUCCGAUUUGAUCUCAAACCUGCCGAUGGCAAGUGGAUCAAACCCACAACCGCCAAUUCGUCACUGGUGAAUGCGAUGCCCGUCCCUGACUCAGAUAUCAAUAUACAGCUGCGUCCACGGAGUGAGAACACGUGGAGAGUGUCAUUUUCUGGAUACGACAAGGGAAUGGAGAUAGCCGCCGAGGACGUGGACGAUGCGGUCUCGAGUGGAGGGCAUUAA